AUGUCCGGUGAGUUUGAGUUCGUCGGAGGGUGGCGGAGCUUACGCUAUCUUAAUAUGUCUGGUAACUCGUUGACGGGAAAGCUGCCGCAGAAUCUUGCAGCGCUUUCAAACUUAACGGUGGUUUCUUUGACUGGUAAUCAGUUUUCCGGUGAACUUCCUUCCGGGUUUGAGUCUGUUGAAGUUUUGGAUCUGUCAAAAACUCCAUCACCGAUUCCGCCGGAAUUCGCGAACAAAGUUCCAAUAACUGCGACAAUUGAUUUGUCAUUCAAUAAUCUCAAAGGAGCAAUCCCCGAAUCCGACAUUCUCGUCAACCAAGACGAAGAAUCAUUCGCCGGAAACCCAGAGCUUUGCGGGAAGCCAUUAAAAAACCUCUGCGAAUCCUCCUCUUCAUCAACCACCGGACCCAACUCCACAACAUUCACUCCAGCUAUCGCCGGAAUCCCUCAAUCGUUCCCCUCAACUCCUUCACACAAUUCUUCAAAUUCAAAAAGCCGAUUCAAAACCAGCACGAUCAUCGGAAUCGUCGUCGGAGACAUCGCCAUUGUCGCAGUUUUAGCCCUGGUUUUCAUCUACAUAAUGAAAAAACGACGUGGGGCUCCAUCAAAUCGCCGUCCAGACGAAGCUAAAGCUUCAAACAGGGAAUACGAUUGGGGGUCAUCAGAAGAAGAACACAAAUGGCUACGUUCAUGGGCAUGUUUAAUGAAGAGAAGAAACACCGGUGGAGAAGAUGAAGAAGAAGAAGGAGACGAAUCAAGCCAAAACUCAAGCUCGGAAAACUCCGACACCGAAAGUAGGCCACCGGAAACCAUUAAACUCGACAAUCCGGUAACUAAAGACGUAGAAAAGAGGGGAUUAGUGACUGUUGAUGGUGGUGAAAAGGAGCUUGAGCUUGAGACAUUGUUGAAAGCUUCUGCAUAUAUUCUUGGCACAACCGGUUCGAGUAUAAUCUACAAGGCGGUUUUGGAAGAUGGAACCAUGUUAGCGGUUCGUCGGAUCGGUGAAAACGGGUUAGACCGGUUUAAGGAUUUUGAGAACCAGGUUCGGGUUAUAGCGAAGCUGGUCCAUCCGAAUCUGGUUCGGAUCCGUGGGUUUUAUUGGGCUGCGGAUGAGAAGCUUGUAAUCUACGAUUACGUUCCCCAUGGCAGCUUGGCUAAUGCACGUUACAAAAAAGUUGGAUCAUCGCCUUCUCCGCUACCAUGGGAAGUGAGGCUCAAGAUAGCAAAGGGCACGGCUCGUGGACUAUUGUACAUCCAUGAUAAGAAACAAGUACACGGAAAUCUCAAGCCAAGUAACAUUUUACUAGAAUCUGAUAUGGAGCCCAAGAUAGGAGAUUUCGGGCUUGAAAGACUGUUAGCAGGUGAUCAAAGUUACAAAGUAGGUGGAUCAACUCGAAACUUUGGUAGCAAAAGGUCAAAUACCUCUCGAGAAAGUUUCCCAGAUAUCGUGAUGGGGUCAAACCCGAGCCCUAGCCCAAGUUCCAUGGGGUGCAUUUCACCAUAUUAUGCCCCAGAGUCUCUAAGAAGCCUAAAACCUAGUCCAAAGUGGGACGUGUACUCGUAUGGUGUGGUGUUGCUUGAACUUUUGACUGGGAAGGUUAUUAUAUCAGAUGAGUUUGGUCCGGCUAGCAUGACGUGGAGCUCUACGCUGACAGUUGAAGAGAAGAAAAAGGUGUUACGGAUGGUUGAUGUGGCGAUUCGUGCUGACUUGGAGGGUAAAGAGGAUGCUUUGUUGGCACUACUAAGAGUGGCUUAUGGAUGUAUAUCACCUGUCCCACAAAAGAGACCACAUAUGAAAGAGGUGGUCCAUGCUCUUGACAAGUUUCCUUCGGCUUCUUUUUCAUAUUAUUAGGAAAUGGGAAAUUAUAUUAUUAGGAAAUGGGAAAAUUGUAGAAAUAGAUAUGUAUUUAUGGUUGGGAAAAUAAUAAUUAUAUGUUUUUUUUUUUAUAUAUAAUGUUUAUCUUCAAGUUAUAACUUAUUAAUUGCUAGUUCGUUG